CGUUGUGUUGUUGUGUCGUUUGUGGCAUCACAUCUACUUUUAUUUCGAGAUUUUUAAUUUAAGUUCUUAAUAAAAUUUUUUUCAAUUAUUUUGACCUUACAAAUCAAUUGAAAAGAAGAAGAAGUGACUAAAAAAGACCUGAUUUAAAAUAUUUCGGGUGUGAAAAAGAAUUUUUUUGUGUAAAGAAAGAAAAAGAAAGAAAAAAUGUUUGACGUUUUCGGAUCAGUAAAAGGUCUACUUAAGCUAGACCAUGUAUGCAUCGAUAACAACAUAUUUCGUCUACAUUAUAAAGCAACGGUGAUUGUUCUAAUUGCAUUCUCGUUGCUUGUAACAAGUCGUCAGUAUAUUGGAGAUCCAAUCGAUUGUAUUGUCGAUGAAAUUCCACUCAAUGUUAUGGAUACAUAUUGUUGGAUUUAUUCGACAUUUACAAUACCUAAUCGCUUGACUGGUACAGUUGGAAAAGAUAUUGUACAGCCUGGCGUCGGAUCACAUACAGAAGGAGAAGAUGAGGUUAAAUAUCAUAAAUAUUAUCAGUGGGUCUGCUUUGUACUCUUUUUCCAAGCAAUUUGUUUCUACAUACCUCGUUACUUAUGGAAGACAUGGGAAGGUGGCCGUAUCAAGAUGCUUGUCAUGGAUCUCAACUGUCCAGUUGUUAAUGAUGAGGCUAAAGAGGACCGAAAGAAGAUCCUCCUCGACUAUUUUGGUGACAAUUUGAAUCGCCAUAACUUCUAUGCCUUCCGCUUCUUCAUCUGUGAGGCACUCAACUUUGUCAAUGUCUUUGUCCAAAUUUACUUUAUGGAUUAUUUCCUCGGCGGGGAAUUCUCAACAUAUGGAAGUGAUGUAUUGAGCUUUACAGAAAUGGAACCAGAAGAACGUGGUGAUCCAAUGGCUCGUGUAUUCCCAAAAGUUACAAAAUGUACAUUCCAUAAGUAUGGUCCAUCAGGAAGUGUUCAGAAAUUUGACGGUCUCUGUGUCUUGCCACUCAAUAUUGUCAAUGAAAAGAUCUUUGUCUUCUUGUGGUUCUGGUUUAUUGCAUUGACCAUCCUUAGUGCCAUCUCACUCGUCUACCGUUUUGCCAUCUGCUUAUGGCCAAAAGUACGUCUUUACUUGCUCCGUGCACGCAGUCGUCUCUCAUCCAACGAAGAUGUCGAAAGUAUUGCUGACAAAUGUCAAAUUGGCGAUUGGUUCAUCAUUUAUCAGCUCGGCAAGAACAUCGAUCCAUUGAUCUUUAAGGAAAUCAUCACCGACUUAUCAGCUAAGUUAAAUGGAAAAACUUUGGUUUAAGAAUUUUUUUUUAGUGUGAAUUUAUUUUUCGCGAGAAACAUUUUUUUUAUAUUUUACAAAUUCGAAAUUAAUGUGCUAAAUUAAUUAAAACUACUUGAUUAGGAUAUAUCCUUUUUUUCAACAUGAAAUUGAAAUUAUUAAUGGGCCCAAGUCUGAAGGGGGCUUAAGACACACAAAAUUAACUGAGAUAUUAUUUAAAAUUGAACAUGCGAAGCUAUUUUCGUGUGAAAAACUUGCUGAAAAAAUUGCAAUAAUUUUGAGAGAUUCUGCGCACAAUUGAUUAAUUUAAUUGAGUUUUGUGGAGAUUUGAAUGAAUGGAUGGGAAGAUGAUUUGGAUUUUGGAUUACCUUAAAACAGCACUUUGAUGUUUCAAUUCCAAUCAGGUGGAUUCCAUGACUUUAGACUCCAUAAACUCAAUAAUUGAACUUUCUCUCUCAAAAAUUGCCAAACUUUUUUUUAUGAACUUUUCAUAUUUUUUUAAAAAAUACUAAAAAACUUGAAUCAAUGGACUUUUAAAAAAUUAUUAAUCAAAAAAGAUUUACGAAGAAGAAUUUAUCUAGUUAUGUCGAAAAUGAAAACUAUUUUUAUAAAAAAAAAAACUCGAAACUUAUCGAUUGAGAGCUAGUAUUAAGCACAUUAAGCUUAGUAAUAAGUUUUCAAAAUUAAAUAAUGAAUUUAGACUUUCUGAACUGGAAAUUCUAAAACAAUAAAACAUAUCAAUUUGUGGGACCCAAAACGCACAGAGC